AUGUUGCACGUAACAAAAAAAGCUUGCUCUGAUCAAUCGAAAUUGUAAAUUUCAACUAAAAUAACUCAUGAAACGAACAACGUAAAUUCAUUAAACAAAAAUUUUUACAAAAAAAAAUAAAACGCAAAUAAUGAAAUGUUCCGAGCUCCAAAAACUGUGAUACCAGCGACUACAAUGACAUCAACAUCCGCAACAACAGUAGCAUCUACAACAACGGCUACAUCACCUAUUCAAUCAACAUUAAAUAAUUUACAAACAUCACAGAAACAAAAAUGUGCCUAUGAAUCAUAUAAUUGUACGCAACAAUGUUUAGAAGGUUAUUCAUAUUGUAUGAAACAUAUUUUGGAAGAUCCAAAGGCUCCUUAUAAGCAGUGUGCAUUUAUUUACAAUACUAAUGGGCGUAAAUGUUACAAUCCCGCUGCCAAAUUGGAUAGAAGAGAUACGGCUUAUUGUACUGAGCAUACCAGGAAAGCUCAAUUAGCAAGAAUCAAAUCAACAUCGAGACAUUCAUUACCUCCGACACCUGAAGGUUUACUCUUAAAUCUCACACAUUAUGCUCAUAAACCUAUUCGUUUACCUAAUUCUCUCAAUGAUGUUGGAAAUGAUAAAAAACUAUUUAAAGCUUUAGAUCCUUUCAGUGAAGUUGACGCUUUUAAAGUAAAUGCCAAGAGUUGUGAAAUAUUAGACUAUGCUAGUUCAUCUGAUAGUGAUAUCGAACCAACAGUGACAAAUGAAGCUUUUAAAGGUACAUUUCUUGAUGAUAGUGAUAAUGAAAGUCUUCAUAGUCCUCAAGAAGAUCCACUAAAUAUUAAUUUUUUAAGACAUGCUGGUAUUUUCACUGCUGAAGAAGUAAUUUACAUUGCAAGAGAGAAGUUAAUUAAACUCCAAUCUCUUUAUAUAGAGCAGUUUCGAAGACUACAAUAUACAUUGAGAGAAAAGCGUCGUAAAUAUUUACAUUUGUUAAAGAAAGAAAAAGAAGCAUUAUGUAGUAUACAUGAUCAACCAAAGGAAACCGCAAAAGAAAAAAAAAUUUAUGAGAAACUAAAAGCAUUAAAUCGAUACCAUCGCAAAAGUGGUGUAGAAGCAAUAUUAUAUAGAAAGUCACUGGAAAAACGUGCCAAAGUAAGUGAAGGUAUAUCUCAGAAACCACCAAACAUCCCAAAAUGUAUUUUCACUGAAGGUGGUGUAAAAUGUGGAGAAAGAACAUUACCAUCAGCUAAACAUUGUCAAAAGCAUAUACUUAAGGAUCAAAAUCAAGUUUUAUUUAAAGCCUGUGGUGCUAUAAGAGCAGAUAUUGAAUGCCAUGAGCCUAUUCCAGUUAUUUUUGAUUCAAAGUGUGUGUACCACAUGGAUUUACCACCACCUUGUAAAUUAGAACCAAUGAUAUUUAAAGAAAGUAGAGAAAAGCCAGAAAAACCACAAAAUUCAUCAGACAUGCAAUUUUUAGAAAUUGAUGUCGUUGGAGAUCAACAUCAAGAAAUUGACCCCGACGAUGAUAUGGCAGGUUUAAUGCGGGAAAUGAAUGAUACUACUUCUAAAAAACAUAUCCAGGUGCUUAAUGAGAGCAUAAAUAGUGAAAACAGUACAGACACAGCGUUUAGUUUAACAGCACAAAGUGAUAAAGAUGAAGUAGCAUCUUUUUCAUGACAGUCAAUUAUUGACUAACGUUUUCUUACUUUUAUCAUAGCUUGUUUAUCCAUAUGAAAAGUCUUCUAUUAUAGAACAUAUUUUAAUCAUUUUAUAAGAUUGAAAAUAUGAGAAAUAAAAAUAGAAAUUUUUAUAUCAGUAUCUUUUAUUAUUCAUUUUCAUAUGAAACAUCGUUUAUGUCG